AUCCUUUUAGCUUAACCCAUUUUCUCGGUUCCUCCUCCUCUCCCCACUCCGGCAGACAGAUCCCAACCCCCACCGCCACCACUUGCUCCGGCUCGCCGCCGGCGACCGCGGAAGCCUUGGAAGGAGCCAAGGGAGGGAGGCGCUCGCGCGGGCUCGCCCGAGAUGGCGACGAUGGGGAGCCUGAUCGGGCUGGUGAACCGGAUCCAGCAGGCGUGCACCGUGCUCGGCGACCACGGCGGCGGCGCCGGGGGCUCGCUCUGGGAGGCGCUCCCCUCCGUCGCCGUCGUCGGAGGCCAGAGCUCCGGGAAGUCGUCGGUGCUCGAGAGCAUUGUCGGGAGGGACUUCCUGCCCCGUGGAUCUGGGAUCGUGACGAGGAGGCCUCUGGUGCUGCAGCUGCACAAGACGGAGGGCGGCCAGGAGUACGCCGAGUUCCUCCACGCCCCGCGGAAGCGCUUCUCCGACUUUGCUGCUGUUAGGAAAGAGAUUGCUGAUGAAACUGACCGCAUGACUGGAAAAUCGAAAGCAAUAUCAAAUGUUCCUAUCCAUUUGAGUAUAUAUUCUCCACAUGUUGUUAACUUGACACUUAUUGAUCUUCCUGGCCUGACAAAGGUUGCUGUAGAGGGGCAGCCAGAGUCUAUUGUGCAAGAUAUUGAAAACAUGGUCCGGACUUACGUUGACAAGCCAAACUCUAUUAUAUUGGCUAUCUCUCCAGCAAACCAAGAUAUAGCAACAUCAGAUGCUAUCAAGCUUGCUAAGGAAGUGGAUCCUACAGGUGAAAGGACCUUUGGAGUUGUAACAAAACUUGAUUUGAUGGACAAGGGUACCAAUGCUAUUGAUGUACUCGAAGGGAGGUCAUAUCGCUUGCAGCACCCCUGGGUGGGCAUUGUCAACCGUUCGCAGGCUGAUAUCAACAAAAAUGUUGACAUGCUCGCAGCACGUCGCAAAGAACAAGAGUACUUUCAAAGUAGUCCUGAUUAUGGUCACUUGGCACAUAAAAUGGGUGCCGAGUAUCUUGCUAAGCUUCUGUCACAGCAUUUAGAGGCUGUGAUCAAAGCCAAAAUUCCAAGUAUUAUAUCAAUGAUCAACAAGACAGUUGAUGAAAUUGAAGCUGAGUUGGAUCGACUUGGUAGGCCAAUUGGAGGUGACGCUGGGGCACAAUUGUAUACGAUAUUGGACAUGUGUCGCGCAUUUGACCGUGUUUUUAAAGAGCACUUAGAUGGCGGUCGACCAGGUGGAGAUCGCAUUUAUGGUGUCUUUGACCACCAGUUACCUGCAGCACUGAAAAAGCUUCCUUUCGAUAAACAUCUUUCAUUGCAAAAUGUUCGAAAAGUCAUUUCUGAGGCUGAUGGUUACCAGCCCCAUUUGAUUGCUCCUGAGCAAGGUUACAGAAGGCUUAUAGAUAGUUCACUCAGCUACUUUAGGGGCCCAGCUGAAGCUUCAGUUGAUGCGGUCCAUUUGGUAUUGAAGGAGCUAGUCCGGAGAUCGAUUGCAGCAACAGAGGAAUUAAAGCGUUUCCCAACGCUUCAAUCAGAUAUAGCUGCAGCAGCAAAUGAAAGCCUAGAAAGAUUCCGUGAGGAUGGACGAAAGACAGUUAUUCGUCUAGUUGACAUGGAGGCCAGUUACCUAACAGUAGAAUUCUUCAGGAAACUUCCUACUGAGCCAGACAAAGGAGCUAACAACAACACUCCGGCCAACGACAGAUAUCAGGACAACCAUCUUAGAAGAAUCGGAUCAAAUGUAUCAUCUUACAUCAACAUGGUUUGCGAUACAUUGAGGAACACAAUUCCGAAAGCCGUUGUGCAUUGUCAAGUGAAGGAGGCAAAAAGAAACUUGCUCAACCGUUUCUAUGCGCAUGUAGGAAGCAAAGAGAAGAAACAGCUGAGCGCGAUGCUGGACGAGGAUCCCGCGUUGAUGGAGAAGAGGGAUUCCCUCGUGAAGAAGCUGGAGCUGUACAAGUCCGCUAGGAACGAGAUCGACUCGGUUGCAUGGAAAUGAUCUGAUCUGAUCCGAUAGAGCGUUCGCGGCUGGAACAGAUAGAACGUGUGUAGUAGAGAUGCUCCAUUCGUUUUGCAUAUGCUUUGUACACGGGCUUUCUUGCCGAGUGUUGUCUUGUGGCUACCACCGGGACAUGGACAGACACCGUUGCUUCUUUUGGCCAACCAUCCUUUGGCCUCCUGUAUGAUUCGUAUCGAUUAUGUUAAUGCAGAUGAUGUAUUCUUUGUUCAA